UCUUCAGCUACGUUUUUGUCACGCCAACGUAAAUUGAAGUUGGGCGUGGCGAAGCCGUCCCACUUCCGCAAACAUGGAGGCUGUGUUGAGCGACGUAGUGGCGCCUGAGGAUCUACUUAAAUUUGAGAAGAAGUACAACAACGAGUUGGCCAAAGGAGCCGUUUCCAAGGACACCAAGUUCGAAUACGCCUGGUGUCUGAUCAGGAGCAAAUACACGAACGACAUCAAGAAAGGAAUCGCCUUGUUGGAGGAGCUUGUCCAGAAAGCCUCCAAGGAUGACACGCGCGACUACUUCUUCUACUUGGCCGUGGCAAACUACAGAUUGAAGGAAUACGAAGAAGCCCUGAAGUACAUUCGCAUCCUUCUGAGGAACGAACCCGGCAACAAGCAAGCUUUGGAAUUGCAGGCGCUCAUCGACAAGGCCUUGAAAAAAGACGGCUUGGUGGGCAUGGCCAUCGUGGGUGGAAUCGGUCUGGGCGUGGCCGGUUUAGCUGGACUUAUCGGCCUGGCGGUAGCCAAGCGAGGACCCAAAUUCUAACCUCCAUUUGGAACUUUUUAGUUCUGGACUGCUACGUGAACGGAUUCUCUUUUGCAUUAACGUUGAGCGUUGGUGGCCUCCCAUGUACAUAACAAAGUAAAAUCAAGCCACUCCUUUUUUUUUUUUUUUCGCCGUUAAUCUACCGAAAAGGGAAUGUUGUCAUGUCCCGACUGCAGCUGCUUGUUUUUCCCAGAUCAUCAAUAAUAAAAAGCAAACGGAAGAA